GCUCAAUAUCUCCAGAUUUUCCCGAAACCCUUGUCCCAUUUCCUUCCAUAUUAUUUACAUAUACCCUCUGUCCUUGUCGCGGCGAUGCUCUGUUGGUAAUCUUGGAGGCGAUCGAUGUCGACAGGCCGUGACGUCGUCCGAUGAUUCUCCCUCUCCCUCGUCGCCUUCGUUGUCAUCUUCGCACGUUCGUUUGGUUGGACACUUGGACUUCCCUCGCACGCUUGAAGGUUGAAGCAGCUGCUCCCGCAGAUGGCGGCGGUGUGGUCUAGGAUCGGGAGGGGAGCGCAGCUGUCGCUGUCGCUGUCCCUGUCGAGGACCUUCUACGACGGCGCGUCGGCGGCUUCCACGCUGCGCAGUGCUGCCGCGCUGUCCCGCGCCCGGGGCCAGCACGCGUCGUCGCUCCACAGCCUCGCGGGAAGGUCCGCCGGCCACCUCCUCCAGCCGCCGAGCAGGGGCAUCGUGACCACGCCCGCGAGGCUUCACCCGGCGUCGUCCGCGGCAGUGGUGGCAGAGCUCUCGGACGCGGAGGCGAGGGAGUCCGAGGCCGUGGCGGCGCCGCCUCGCCAGAUGCCGAGCCUCGGCCCGACGCGGCCCGGGGAGAAGCCCCGCGUCGUGGUGCUGGGCACCGGGUGGGCGGCGUGCCGGCUGCUCAAGGACGUGGACACGCGCGCCUACGACGUCGUGUGCGUGUCCCCCCGGAACCACAUGGUGUUCACGCCGCUGCUGGCGUCCACGUGCGUCGGCACGCUCGAGUUCCGCUCCGUCGUCGAGCCCGUCAGCCGCAUCCAGUCGGCGCUCGCCACCCGCCCCGGCUCCUACUUCUUCCUCGCCUCCUGCACCGGCGUCGACACCAAGGCGCACGAGGUGUACUGCGAGGCCGCGUCCAGCGACGGACAGCUGCCCUGCCACCCGUACCGGUUCAAGGUCGCCUACGACAAGCUGGUGAUCGCGAGCGGCGCCGAGCCGCUCACCUUCAACAUCAAGGGUGUCCAGGAGCAUGCCAUCUUCCUCCGCGAGGUGAGCCACGCGCAGGAGAUCCGCAGGAAGCUGCUCGCUAAUCUCAUGCUGGCCGAGAAUCCAGGCUUGUCUGCGGAAGAGAAGGAGCGGCUCCUGCACUGCGUGGUGGUCGGCGGAGGACCCACCGGCGUCGAGUUCAGCGGCGAGCUCAGCGACUUCAUCACACGCGACGUGCGCCAGAGGUACGCGCACGUCAAGGACUACGUCAAGAUCACCCUCAUCGAGGCAAACGAAAUCUUGUCAUCGUUCGAUAUCGGACUGCGGCAGUACGCGACGAAUCACCUGUCAAAGUAUGGAGUUAAUCUGGUGCGAGGCAUUGUGAAGGAGGUGAAGGCCACGGAGAUCACCCUGAGCGAUGGCACCCGCGUGCCCUACGGCCUGCUGGUCUGGUCCACGGGCGUCGGCCCGUCGGAGUUCGUCAGGUCCCUGCACCUUCCCAAGUCCCCAGGCGGGAGGGUCGGCGUGGACGAGUGGCUCCGCGUGCCCACGGCGCCGGACGUGUUCGCGCUGGGCGACUGCGCGGGUUUCCUGGAGGGGACCGGCAAGCCGGUGCUCCCGGCGUUGGCCCAGGUCGCGGAGCGGGAGGGCCGGUACCUGGCGCGGCUGCUCGGGAGGAUCGCGGCGCAGAACGGCGGCAAGGCGCACUGCGCCGGCAAGGCCGACCUCGGGGAGCCGUUCGUGUACAAGCACAUCGGCAGCAUGGCGUCCGUCGGCCGGUACAAGGCGCUCGUCGACCUCAGGGAGAACAAGGAUGCCAAGGGGGUGUCGAUGGCUGGCUUCCUCAGCUGGCUGAUGUGGCGGUCAGCGUACCUGACGCGGGUGGUGAGCUGGAGGAACAGGUUCUACGUGGCGGUGAACUGGGGAACGACGCUUGUGUUUGGCAGGGACAACACCAGGAUUGGCUGACGACGUUUAGCAGCUUAAGCUGGUGUUCCUCUGGAUAGUACCACGGGAACAAGAGACUGCCUGUCAUUGUUGUUCUUUUGUUUGUAAUUCAACACGUGCUGAGAGAUUUCUAUUGGCUUCCAUACUCUCUCUCUCUCUAUUGGUCAGAUGAAGUCAUGAAGUGCAGACUUGCAAAUGUAAGUCACCAGUUUCUUUUUUAAAAAAAAGAUU